AUGAACAACAGCGACAAUGAAGAAGAGCAGUUUGCAAGAGCAGUUGCUCUCUCUCUGCAAUCGCAAAUCAUGGACAAAGAGAAGGAGGAUAACGAUCUAAAAGUAGCGAUCGCUGCAUCGUUAGGGAAAAGUGUUGAUCAACUGACAGCAAGAGAUCUGCUCAUGGCAGAUGUAUCAGCUUCUUCAUCUACUGCUAAUAAGACGAGAGGAAGAGAAGAUGAUAGCAAUAGCUUAUCUGAGCCUGAUCCAAAGCGUCUCAAACAUACAGAAACAAAAUAUUGGGACGGUACCAUCAAAUUGACCUACGUUAAAGGCUUCACAGGGCCUGACUAUGUUCGUUUUGAAGAUAUUAUACAAAAAAAGUCUCUCAAGAAAGCCAUGAUCUCAGCAUUUGUGCAUAGUAUGGAUUACAUUGAACAGCAUUUUCCUGCAGAUAUCAAUAUUUGCAUCGUUACUCAUGGAAGACCCCAGCCAUCUAUCAUUCUCAUCCAUCCUCAGGCUUUAAGGAAACAAAUAGCACCAAACCGAAUCAUAAUUUAUCCACCUUUGACCAACGAGAAAUUCGGAUGCUUUCACAUCAAGUUGAUGCUUUUGUUUCAUGAAAACUCACUGCGUGUUGUUAUCGGAUCAGCCAAUUUGGUUGACUAUGAUUACGAAGAUUUGGAGAAUGUUAUAUUUAUGCAGGAUUUUCCAAAGUUAAAUGAACCACAUGCCUCAUUUUCCUCCAUGCCUGAAUUUGCUCGCGAAAUAGCGGAGCUACUCGACCAAAUGACAGUUCCUGUUUCAGUAAAGGAAGCCAUCUUACAUUAUGAUUUUUCAAGGGCAAAGGCGCAAAUAAUUGCUUCUAUAUCUGGCACUUUUGAAGGCAUAAACGAAUAUCAAAAGUAUGGUCACAUAAGAUUAGCAAAAGCUGUCCAAUCGUUAACAGGUGGCAUUGUCAAUAAGGAAAAUCUACCUCAUGUAGAGAUGCAGACAUCUUCACUUGGUUCUAUGUCGGUCUUCUAUUUGCAAGAAUUAUUUCAAUCAUUCUGUGGACUGCUUCCUUACAGAGCGAACAAUGCAAACACUAAGCUAUUGAAAAAGGACGAGAUGCCUCCAGUCGAUAUCAUUUAUCCUACACUCGAUACUGUGAAUGACAGUAGAUUAGGAGCGCCGGGCGCUAGUACCAUUUGUUUGAGUAGGGAUGCGUGGAAUAAGCCAAGUUUUCCGAAACAGUUGAUGCAUGAUGCGAUCAGUGUUCGUCCAGGCACUCUUAUGCAUUCAAAAUACAUUAUCACAACCUUUUCAAAUGCCGCAUCUAACCGAUCCACAACACCUUCAUCCUCAACAACGCCAUCCACUUCGGCUAACAAUAUGAUAGGAUGGUUAUACGUAGGGAGCCAUAAUGCUACCAUGUCUGCGUGGGGAAAGUACACUCUAUCCCGCGAUAGUAAAAAACCAAAGUUAAGGAUUAGUAAUUGGGAGUUGGGCGUCGUCUUGCCUAUGUACGAAAAUUCUGAUUAUGUUGCUCCAUACUUACGUCCAGCGCCACAGUAUCAGCCUAAUCAACAAGCUUGGACGCAAAACAUGAAUUGGUGA